AUGGCCUGUGACUCACCCAAACAAGCUUGGGACAAGCUGAAAGAGGAGUUCAUGGGAUCAGACAAGACAAGGCAGCAACAAGUAAUUAAUCUUAGAAGGGAGUUUGAAAAUUUGAAGAUGAAGGAGUCAAAAACUAUCAAGCAAUAUUCUGAUAGGAUUAUGGCUACUGUCAAUAAUAUUAGACUCCUUGGAGAAGAUUUCAGUGACAGCAGGGUUGUUGAGAAGGUUAUUACCACCUUACCUGAAAGGUUUGAGUCAAAAAUCUCCUUAUUGGAGGACUCGAGAGAUCUCACAACCAUUUCUUUGUCUGAGUUGGUUAACUCACUUUAUGCACUUGAGCAGAGAAGAGCAACUAGGCAGGAGGAAAGUCCUGAAGGUGCUUUUCAAGCAAAGGUCAGAGAAGGCUCCAGCUCAAGUCAGAAAGCUAAGAAGCCUUGGUUUGAAAAGAGGGAAAGAUCAAAGAAAGAUGUCGGUAGAAGGAGGUUUCCACCAUGCGUUCACUGCAAGAAGACUAACCAUUUGGAGAAGUAUUGCUGGAACAAACCAGACAUCCAAUGCAAGAGCUGCAAGCAGUAUGGUCAUCAUGAAAAGAUUUGUAGAAAUCAAGAAAAGUCACAAACUCUGCCAGUACAAGCCAAGACUGCUGAAGGUCUUCAAGCUCAGGAGGAGCAUGUCUUCACUGCCUCAUGUUCUACAACCACAAGCAAAUCCAAAUGCAGUUGGCUUGUGGAUGGUGGCUGCUCACAUCACAUGGCAUCAGAUGAGAGCCUGUUCAAGGAUCUUGACAGGAGUUUUGCUUCAAAGGUCAGAAUAGGCAAUGGGAAUCUGAUUGAAGCUAAAGCCAGAGGUGAUGUUGUGAUCAACACCGUUCGUAGAAGUUGUUUCACACCCAUGGCGGAUAGGUGUUUUAUCUUGGAUGUGAGCCAACUUGAGAGUAGAGCCUAUACAAGUUCAGUUGACAAUGCUGAUCUGUGGCAUAGAAGAUUUGGCCAUGUCAAUUUCAGGUCACUCAAUUUGCUGCACAAGAUGAGUUUGAUAGAGGACAUGAUUAAGGUUGAUGCAAAUGAGUCUGUUUAG